AUGGUGCGGCUGUCGGAGCGCUGCCUGCGGCAGGAGAAGGAGUUCAUCCUAGAUGGGGUGGCGUUGAGCUCCAUGGCCAGCUCCUACGAACGCACCUUGCCCAAGCUCUGGUCUGCUCUACCUCCUUAUAACGCACAGCUGGACGUUCACGCCCGCUCCUACUUCCAGUCUCCUGUGGUCCAGUCCGUGUUGCGAAAAACGGACCAGACCCAUGGUGGGACAAGUCAAGAUGGCUGGAUAGUAGAUUACUUCCAGAUCUUUGGGCCAGGACAGAGAUAUCUGAACAGGAGAAAUUGGGCAGGGGCAGGGCACUCCCUUCAGCAGGUGACCGGGCAUGACAGCUACAAUGCAGAUCUUAGAACAAUCAGAGGUUACAAUGGGAGAUUUGGCUAUCGCCGAAAUACCCCUGCCCUUCGCCAACGCACAUCAGUCUUUGGAGAAGUUACUGCAUUUCCGCUAUUUUAG